GGUUGACAGCAUAAGAUAAUUUGGUUAUUUUAUUGUUAGCGUAUGAUAAUAAGAUUAGAAGUUGUUUAUCAAAUAUAUGAUAGAGAUUUGAUUAAACAAGAUGCCCGACGUCAGUGUGAUUGCACCGGCUCCAGUUGAAAAUGCAAACACGGAACCACCCCCAGAACAAACUACAAACACCAUUGGAAUAAUAUAUCCCCCACCAGAAGUACGUAAUAUUGUAGACAAAACUGCUAGUUUUGUUGCACGUAAUGGACCAGAGUUCGAAAAUAGAAUUCGUCAAAAUGAACUAGGGAAUCCAAAAUUCAAUUUUUUGAGUGCAGGUGAUCCUUAUCAUGCUUAUUAUCAGCAAAAGGUCAAAGAUAUUCGAGAUGGUAAAGGAAAUGAUCAAAAUGCAUCUGCAUUACCAGCAUCUUUGCAAAAACUUUCGGUGACAUCUGCAGCACAUCAGAAACAACAAGAAUUACUGAAACAAAUUACUGAACAGCAGUUUGUACCAAAAGAUCCUCCACCAGAGUUUGAAUUUAUUGCAGAUCCUCCAUCAAUUUCAGCUAUGGACUUAGAUAUUGUUAAAUUAACUGCUCAAUUUGUAGCUAGAAAUGGUAGACAAUUUCUAACAAAUUUAAUGAAUCGUGAACAGCGAAAUUAUCAGUUUGACUUUUUGCGACCACAGCACUCUUUAUUUCAGUACUUCACUAAGUUGCUUGAACAAUAUACAAAAGUUUUGAUUCCACCAAAGGAGUUAAUGAGUAAGUAUAAUGAAGCUAAGGGAGGUGAUUUUAUUUUGGAGCAAGUUAAAUACCGUGCUGAUUGGAUUAAGCAUCAAGAAGCACAAAAAAGAAAGGAAGAGGAAAAAAUAGAACGUGAAAGAGUUGCUUAUGCUCAGAUUGAUUGGCAUGAGUUUGUUGUCGUAGAGACAGUAGAUUAUCAACCCUUUGAACAAGGUAAUUUUCCCCCUCCUACUACUCCAGAUGAUGUAGGUGCUAGAGUGUUAAUGCAGGAGCGUUUAGAUGACGAUGAAGAUAUUGAAAUGCAGCUGGAAUCUGAUUCUGAUGAAGAUGAAGAAUCUGAAUCUACUGCAGUAUCAUUAAGUGUCAUGGAAGAUCGUACAAAUGUACGUGACAAUAAUCAAAUACAGGAUAUGGAUGAAGAUAGUUCUGAUGAAGAUGAAGGUAAAAAACAAAAGGAUUCAGCUUCAUCACAACCUUCUACUGAAAAUCUUAUGGAGCCCCCGUCACUGGACAAAGUUGUCAUAAAAAAAUAUGAUCCAAAGAAGGCAAAUAAACCAGCUAAGAGUGAAAACAGUGAAGAUUUCCUUAUUUCUCCUAUAACUGGUGAAAGAAUACCAGUAAAUAAAGUUGCAGAGCAUAUGCGUAUUGGACUUCUUGAUCCAAGGUGGGUCGAAAUGCGUGGCCAACAAUCUGACAAGCAAGCUCAAGAAAAUGUUUAUGCAGCUGGUUCAGCUAUUGAGGCGAGUCUCAAACAACUAGCUGAAAGGAGAACAGACAUUUUCGGUGUGGGUGAUGAAGAAGCAGCUAUUGGUAAAAAAAUUGGAGAAGAAGAAAGCCGCAAAGAAGAACGUGUGACAUGGGAUGGCCACACUUCAAGUGUGGAGGCAGCUACACGUGCUGCUAGAGCAAAUAUAACACUUGAAGAGCAAAUUCACCAAAUACACAAGGUAAAAGGCUUAUUACCAGAUGAAGAGAAAGAGAAAAUAGGUCCAAAGCCAGUUUCUGGAAGACCAGUAAAUGUUACUAAACCUGUAAUUAACAAGUCAGUUUCUGCAGCACCUGUGUUGACUGCACAACCCGUGUCACAAUCAACAGCACCUAUGAUGACACAAGCUCCAAUAAUGGCUCAGCCACCACCUAUGAUGAUGAUGCAACCCAUGAGACCAAUGAUGGCACGACCAGCAUAUGGUGUUCCAUCACAGCUUCCUUACCUUGGCCCACCAGGUAUGCCAACAAUGUCUCCUGCAAAUAUUGGACAUAUGCCUCCCAUGCCACCUAUGCCACCUCCACCACAAAUGCCAGGUAAGCAUGGUUUAGAAAUGAGUGCGGAAGAUGACAUUCCAAAUAAAAAACAAAGAUCUGAAGAUUCACUGGUUCCUGAGCAAGUAUUUUUGGCCAGAAACCCAAGUCCUGUGAAUUUCAAGGUUCUGGCACCAAUGGUUCCUGAUAAACCUGAAUGGAGGCUUAAUGGUCAAAUGUUAUCUAUUGUAAUGGCUUUGACCGAUAAUAUAGGCAGUCUCAAAUCAAGAAUUCAAGAGGAGACUGGAAUGCCACCAGCAAAACAAAAAUUAUCAUACGAUGGUUUGUUUUAUAAAGACACUAAUUCAUUGGCAUUUUACAACAUUUCUCCAGGGACAGUUGUUACAUUACAAGUAAAAGAAAGAGGUGGAAGAAGAAAUUAAUUACUAUCCUUUAAUUAAUAUGUAUCUAAUAAAGUUUAAUAAAAACCACUUACUUGAAAGAAAGCUUCUGGAGAUAUUUGAUAUUGCAG